GCCAUAGACAAGACUUGGCGCAUUUGCACCUUAAGAUUGCCUGUAGUGCUUGGCAAUGGAAAGGAUUGGUCCUAUGCAGGGGCAGACUGACAACGCAUGGGGCCCCCGGGCAAUAGGGGAUCAUGGGGCCCCUGUGUCCUUCCCACACUCAAAGCACACCCAAAAAAGCCUAUAAAAGGUACCAGGGGCAUUUCAUGGGGCCCCCUACUGACCCCGGGCCCUCGGGCAGUGCCCGAGUGCUUGAAUGGUCAGUCCGCCCCUGGUUUAGAGAGAGCUGACAGUCUGUGCAGUUGCCAAAUUAUUGUGGAUCAGAGUGCGGUGAGUUACAUAUUAUACCAUCUG